CAUCAAAUGGUACGCGUGUAUUCUACUUCUCUCUCUCUCAUCGUCAUCCUAUACCUGGAUCGAAAAUGCAGUGCUUCUGCAAUCUGACUGAAAUCAGAGAGAGGGAUUCAUUCUCUGUCUAUAUGUUAACAUAGAUGGCAGCAACAGUAGUUCCAUCAAUAUCAAGUAAACUUUCAACUUCAUCAUCAUCAAAGCAACCAACAAUCCUUAACUAUCGUCCUGCCAUCAUCUUACCAGGACUUGGAAACAAUUCAAGUGAUUAUGAAAAGUUACAGGUGACACUUAAACAAGUAUACGGUGUUCCCUCUGCUGUACCUAAAGUCUCUCGACUUGAUUGGCUUCGUAAUGCUGCUGGUCUUAUCGAUCCCAAUUAUUGGCGUGGAACUCUUCGCCCCCGCCCUGUUCUGGAUUGGUAUCUAGAGAAAACUCAUGAAGCUGUAAGCCAGGCUAUGCUGCUUGCUCAAGAAGCAGAUGGAGGUGGUGGGUGUGUGUCAUUAGUUGGACAUUCUGCUGGAGGAUGGCUUGCUCGUCUCUACAUGGAAGAAUUCGGAACCUCCAAUAUUUCCUUACUGUUGACUCUUGGAUCUCCUCUCUCUCCGCCUCCGAAGGAUUCACCUGGAGUAAUUGAUCAAACUAGAGGCCUCUUAGAUUAUGUUGAAAGACAUUGCGCACCAGCUGUUUAUACUCCGGAGUUGAGAUAUGUAUGUGUUGCAGGGAGGUAUAUUCAAGGUGCUCGCUUCUUUGUCAACUCAAAUGGAGACUCUAGUAACCCGAUAGAAAUUCCGACUGGAAGUGAUUUACAGCAGUUCAUGUCGGAGGACUCCGAGGAAGCGACCCUUCCGAAUAAGACUACAUCAACAUCAAUAUCAAUUGCUACCAAAACCAGCACUCGUUCCCGCAUUGUCGGUCAAGGGUACAAACAGGUGUGUGGGAAAGCAGAUGUUUGGGGUGAUGGGGUGGUGCCUGAAGUUUCUGCCCAUCUUGAAGGUGCCAUGAACAUUACCUUGGACGGAGUUUAUCACUCACCAGUUGGUUCAGACGACACACAGAAUCCCUGGUAUGGCUCACCUGCUGUCGUAGAGAAAUGGAUACACCACCUGCUCACCUGAUGGAUAACACACCAAAACAUGAUUAAUUUGUACUUUCUGUCAUUAAUCACAAAAUCUAAGCUCAGGAGACGAUUGAGAUUGUGACGAUAAACAGCUCCAAGGGUAAUUUUUAGCACAUGUAAUAAGCGAGAAUAUAACAAGGAUUCUAUUAAAUUUAUCUCAUGAAUGUAGAGUCCAAACCAAAUGACAAAAUGU